AUGGCUGCGGGCUCGCCGUCUCGCUCGCCGCCUGAUGCGGGCGACGCGCCACUGCAGCCGGCAGACAACUCGCCUCACGCGCUGCGACCCUUCAAGCCGCCUUCCCCCUCGGAGCCGCGCGAGGACGGUGCGCCGGGCAGCGCUGCGGUGCUGCGCUCCCCGCGGUGGACGGCGGCGCGCGUGGGCAACCUGGCGCUGCUGGCGGUGUGUUUCGCGCUGGGGUGGGCGGCGCUGUUCGUGCAGGUCGCCACCACCACCGUCGCCGCCAGGCAGUGGGGCGGCACCCCCUUCAGCACUGUGCCUUACGGCGUGUUAGCGGCGGCGCAUGCUCUCUGGGCGCUCCCCGCGCAGCUGAUCAUCCGCGCAUCGCGCUCCGCGCGUCCGUCGUUCAUCGCGGGGGGCGCGCUGGGCGUCCUGGGAAACGCUCUCUUCGCGGUCGCUGCUGGCCUCGCGCACGACUCCCCCCCCGCCUCCUCCUCCUCCCCCGCGCCCGCCACGCAGCCCGCCCCCAUGGCGCUGCUGUGCGCGGGCGCGCUGUGCGCGGGGCUGGCGAACGCGUACAUCAACUUCCUGCGCUUCGAAGCUGCGCGCUUCGCGCCCUCCGCCGCGCUCCUGCCCACGGCGAUCUCCGCCGUGGUGGCGGGGGGCGUGGUGGGCGGCGGCAUGGGGCCCAUCAUCAGCCGCGUGACACGUGGCGUGAUCCCAGGCCACGAGUUCCUGGCGACGUACCUGGUGUCGUGUGGACUGUUCCUCGCAGAGACGCUGCUCGUCGCACUCAUCCCGCUGCAUGGCGGCGCCAAGCGCGCUCACCCGCCAGGCACGGACAGACGCAGCUGUGGUAGCGCUGGUGAUGGCGCCGGGAGCGCGAGUGGGGACAAGGAAGAGGCUAUGUUAGGAGACGGACUGGGUGGGGCUGAGGAUAGAAGCUGUAAGGAGGAGGCAGGGCGGCAGGAGGGGGAGAGAGCGGUUAUUGUGGGGGAUGGGAAUGGGCAAGAGGGCGCAAAGGACGAAGGGGGCGGAGAAGGUGUUGGCGAGCUCAAGAGCAGCAGCGGGUGUGACGCUGGGCAGGACAGUGUGGGCGCGAGCAGGGCGGGUGGGUGGUGGUGCACUGGUGCCGUGGGCGCAGGGAAGGUUGGUGACGUGCACGCAUGUAGCGGUGGGGUGCAUGAGGUGCAGGAGGGAGGAGAGGCGCAUGGCAGCACGCAGAGAGAGUGGGAUAAUGCGCGGCGCACGGACAUGACCAUUGCGUGUGAUGGCGAUGGAAAUGGCGAUGGGAAGGAAAUGGUGGGGCGAGAAGUGGAGGCAGGGCCGGGGAGGGAGGAAGGCGAGGCGGUGGUGGUGCUGGUGGGUGCAGGGAAGGGAGGCGAGAGUAGUGGGAGCACAGCAGCAGUGGAGGAGGAGCAGGGCAGGAGGCGGUGGUAUGAGGUGAUGCGCCAGCCGGGUGUGGUGGUGGCGGUGACAGCGGCAACAGUGGCGUAUGCAGGCAUGGCGACCAUCAUGCUCACUGCCGUCAUUGCCAUGCUCGCCGUGCAACCAGGCACGGGCGAUGUGGAGCUACAGGGCCAGUUGGGGGGAGUGAUUUCUUUUGCCGACACCAGCAACGUCAUUCUCGUGCAUGUUGAGGCCAUGUUUGUGCCGUCAUUCUUCACGCCGGCCAUCAUAGCAGCGCUGGGCAGUGACGGCGCCAUGCUGCUGGGCUUCAUGGUGCUGCUUGCCUCGCAGCUCGCUCUACUGGCGGGCACCAGCCUGCCGCUCUUCUGCCUGUGCCUGGCCGUGCUGGGCCUGGGCUGGAACGUCGCCUUUGUGGGCGCCACCGCACUGCUCGCCACCACCUACCGCCCACACGAGAAAGACAUGGUGCAGGGCAUCAACGACGGCAUAGUGUUUGGAGUGAACACCAUCGUGGCGUCCACUGCCAGUGCCGUGCUGCAGAGCAUCAACAGCUGGCCCACCUUCCUCCUCAUCUACUCCCUCGCCUCCUCCCCCGCCCUCUUCCUCACUCUCGCCUUCUGGCUCGCGCGCCGCCACUUGCUGCCAUUCCAUUGGCCAGGAGUCACUCCCUCUGCUCCGCCCCUGUUGCCAGCACCAUCAUGUGCGCCGCCAGCCAGGCAAGCAUGUGGUGUAUGGGGAGGGAAGGGGAAGCAGCUGGUGAGGUCACUGUCGCAACGGCUUGGAGUGAGUGGGAGGGUGGCAGGGAUGAAAUGGGGAUGA